AUGUCAAACAGGCCGUUCAUGUUGGAGAUGUUGAAGAGUGGGCCGACGCCCAAACACGGUUGCUUGGAGGUGGUACCGCUAAGGGAGCAGCUGGUGUUUCCGACUGAGAGGGAGACACCGGGACACGGCAGCGGCUGGGCCGAGACGCCGCGGACAGACAGGGGGGAGGAGUCUGUGGGCGAGACCCCGACGCCGGGAGCCAGUAAGAGGAAGUCCCGCUGGGAUGAAACGCCCGCCAGUCAGAUGGGAUCCUCCACGCCGCUGCUGACCCCAGGAAAAACCCCACUGGGAACGCCGGCCAUGAACAUGGCCACGCCUACACCUGGACACCUGAUGAGCAUGACCCCCGAGCAGCUCCAGGCGUGGAGAUGGGAGAGGGAGAUCGAUGAGAGGAACCGGCCUCUUACGGAUGAAGAGCUCGACGCCAUGUUCCCAGAAGGCUACAAGGUCCUGCCUCCUCCAGCAGGCUACGUACCGAUCCGUACCCCGGCCCGGAAGCUGUCAGCGACUCCCACCCCCAUCGGGGGCAUGACGGGUUUCCACAUGCAGGCCGAGGACCGCACCACCAAGCAGAUGAAUGACCAGCCGUCAGGAAACCUCCCCUUCCUCAAACCUGAUGACAUUCAGUACUUUGACAAAGCUGCUGGUGAGGACCACUACUCUAUUCUGCUGGAUUCAGUGGAGGUGGAUGAAUCAACUCUGAGCCCAGAGGAACAGAAAGAAAGGAAAAUCAUGAAGCUGCUGCUGAAGAUUAAAAAUGGAACGCCACCCAUGAGAAAGGCUGCCCUGCGCCAGAUAACCGACAAAGCUCGAGAAUUUGGAGCAGGUCCACUGUUCAACCAGAUUCUGCCGCUGCUCAUGUCCCCCACCCUGGAAGACCAGGAGCGCCAUCUGCUGGUCAAAGUCAUCGACCGCAUCCUCUACAAACUGGACGACCUGGUCCGGCCGUACGUACACAAGAUCCUGGUGGUGAUCGAGCCGCUGCUCAUCGAUGAAGACUACUACGCCAGAGUGGAAGGCAGAGAAAUCAUCUCUAACUUGGCAAAGGCCGCCGGCUUGGCCACAAUGAUCUCCACAAUGCGACCCGACAUCGACAACAUGGACGAGUACGUCAGAAACACAACGGCGCGAGCCUUCGCGGUGGUGGCCUCCGCUCUGGGCAUUCCCUCGCUCCUCCCCUUCCUCAAAGCUGUGUGCAAAAGCAAGAAGUCCUGGCAGGCGAGGCACACGGGCAUCAAGAUCGUACAGCAGAUCGCCAUCCUGAUGGGCUGCGCCAUCCUGCCUCACCUGCGCAGCUUGGUGGAGAUCAUCGAACACGGUCUGGUGGAUGAGCAGCAGAAGGUGAGGACCAUCAGUGCCCUGGCCAUAGCCGCCCUGGCCGAAGCCGCCACGCCCUACGGUAUCGAGUCCUUUGACUCUGUGCUGAAGCCGCUGUGGAAGGGUAUCAGGCAGCACAGAGGAAAGGGUCUGGCUGCUUUCCUCAAAGCUAUUGGUUAUCUGAUCCCCCUGAUGGACGCCGAAUACGCCAACUACUACACCAGAGAGGUGAUGCUGAUUCUCAUCAGAGAGUUCCAGUCUCCUGAUGAGGAGAUGAAGAAGAUCGUGCUCAAGGUGGUGAAGCAGUGUUGUGGCACCGACGGCGUGGAAGCAAACUACAUCAAAACGGAGAUCCUGCCCCCCUUCUUCAAGCAUUUCUGGCAGCACAGGAUGGCUCUGGACAGACGCAACUACCGACAGUUGGUGGACACCACUGUGGAGCUGGCCAACAAAGUGGGAGCAGCAGAGAUCAUUUCCCGCAUUGUCGAUGACUUGAAAGACGAGGCGGAGCAGCAGAAAGAUGGUGAUGGAGACCAUAGAAGAUCAUGGGGAACCUGGGUGCAGCUGACAUCGAUCACAAGCUGGAGGAGCAGCUGAUCGACGGCAUCCUGUACGCCUUCCAGGAGCAGACUACAGA